AUGGGAUUCGUCUCCGCCUUCCUCCUCAUCGUCAUGACAGUCAUCUUCCCCCCGCUCGGUGUCUUUGCAGUCGCCGGCUGCGGCAUGGACCUCCUCAUCAACAUCGUGCUCACAAUCCUCGGCUACCUGCCGGGCCACCUGCACGCCUUUUACCUCGAGUGGGUGUACUACGAGCGCAAGGAGCAGUCCAUGGCCGGCCGGCUCAUGGAGCGGCCCGCGCCGUUUGUCUUUUCGGAGCGGGUCCAGGGGACGAGUUAUGGUACUAUUCGCGGCGAUCCGGUUUAA